ACGACACAGGACAAGCGCCUCCCUCUCGUGAUCGUCUUAGUUGGCGCUGUUCCUUCCUAAUUCAAGUAUGCACCAUCUAGCCCAAAUGAAUGUUGUCCUGAACCGCGUCUCUAAUCCGCGGCUGCUGGAAAGACGGGGUGCGAAAACCGGGAGCCAAGGCCAGAGCCGAGCACCUGGCGGCGUCGCAUGCCCCUCUCUCCUACGCACCCGUCGUGCCUACGCCAGCCCCGGCCGUUCGACCGCUCCGCAUCCUCCCUUCCGCGCAGGCAGUUGGGCUUCGCCUCAUCGACGGCGAGGGCGCGCGCCAUCCCUGGCGUCGUCGUUUCAAGGCCGGAAAUGCCGCAGUACAAGCUGGUCGACUACAAGGUUCCAUCGUCUGGCCGCCUCGCGGCGCUGCUGUUCACCUACGCCGGCGUCGAGUUCGAGUACGUCACCUACGAAAAGUCCAAGGCGGCCGAGGCGGAAGCCGACGCACCCUUCGGCUCCCUGCCCGUGCUGUACGCGGACGGCGAGAUGUUGGGCGCGGACUACGCCAUCUGCGUCUACAUCGCCAGGCAGUACGGUCUCGAAGGCAAGGACGCCCGGGAGGCUACCAAGUGCGCCACCAUCGUCACGGGCAUCGCCUCCCUCUUUUCCAGCGUGCGUCACGCCAAGCCGCAGAGACUAGCUCCAGAGGAAGACAAACUCGCCGAAGCGAAAGACUUGCGGGAGAAGGUGCCCAGAUACCUGCGGUACUUCGAGAAGCUUCUCAAGGACAACGGUACCGAGUACUUCGUCGGCAACCAGCUGACGUGGGCCGACCUGGCGGUGACGUUCUCGUGCGUGCAGCUGCUGCAGCGCUUCCACGGAGCCCUGGACAGCCACGCGCAUCUGAAGGCGCACUACGAGCGUGUCACCACCCUGCCCGUGGUGCGGGCCUUCCUCGACCAGCAACAGGCGGCAGCAUAAAGAACCAGCGGGGCGCACUAUAAUUGUAUACCCACAUAUCCGUGCGCGGCGCUGCGCGCCAGCAGGUGGAUUAUUAGCAAGAACCGACAGGAAGGCAAGCAAUACGAGAUUAUAGGAUUAUGCUUGGGUAAAAACAGUCGGACCAGGAAGGGCACCAGGAUGAAAGAAGUUUUCACUUAUCACAACCUGUACUGAGAGCCGUCGCUGCUGCUGAUGAGCGCAUGUAACGUUGUGGUUUCGACACCCAGCUACGACUACCGUAUUUAUACGCACACCCGCAGUGGAGGAAUGCGAAAAUUUGCGCUUGUCUGACAUGUCGGGAUACGCUAAAGAAGCCUCGGGUAGCGAAAUAAUUUUCAGAGCUCUCCACUGUGCCCACAACCGAAAUGUAGCACAUAUGUACAUUAAAGAGCGACGGCCAAUUCCAACUGAUCACGUGGUGUUAGGUGUUAUAGUUGGCGUUUAUACGGUACUACUUAGGUUUAACGUGAAUUUGCACAAAGGCUAGGACUUCGGCAAUAAAUGGCGUUUCGCAAAAGACGCGAGAAAGAAAAGAAAACAGACAUGAGCAGGAUCGACAAACGUGCAUCCUCUGUCAGACUUAAACCCGAACAGUGAAGACACAAAUAGCGGCUGUAAGGGGCCAAGAUCGAAUGCUUUGGAAUGAAGCUGCAUUAAUCCGGCCUCCUCCGCUGGAGAAGCAAGAAGGCGUUUGUAUAUUUGUAGAAUGCUAGGGUCAAGUAUGACGGUGGCUGUACAAGUCUCGUCAGCCUUCGGAGAACGUUUUGUUUGCGUCUACUGACACAUAUUAAUUUGCUUGUUGAUUCUUGGGAAUGCGUUGUGACAAACGUAUGGUCGGAAGCUGUAGUGCGGUGAGAGUGGUUUCAGCCCUCUCUUUGUGAUUCUGAGCACUGCAUGCUAUAGUGCGGAUGCUUGGUCAGGCAGCUCAAUGGUGGGCAGGUGACCACUCGCCGUUUCGUACACUUAGCCAUAUACCCAUAUUCGCGUCUGCCAAGCACUUCUGGCGCCAGCCCACCGUGAACAAUGUAGCUUGGUAACAAUUUACAGUCGGAAAUUAAGAACGAGCCACAGCUGUGGCCGUCGGUCCAAUCCCUAUGCUCGUGUAGUUCCGCGCUGAGUCCUCAAAGUAUGCUGUUAAGGAAAAACACAGCUAUAAAGUCAUCACUGAUAUUCAUCUUUCAACCAGAUUCAAUGCGUGCAAAAGAGCUUUGCACUUUGACACUGUCACGGAAGGCAUGUGGACACAGGAAGAGAGAUUGCUGGCGUGACAAUUGCCUAUAAACACAGCCGCAACGACGCUUCUGCCCCCUCGAGCAAAAUAGUAUAGCCGAAACAGGGUCACUUCCUGCCUGGCUAUCCGGAUUUGAUGCUUCAGUUAACCCUAUACCUGAACACAGAUCUUGACGACCCAUCGGGCCCUAUAUCGUCCCCUUUGCACAGUCGUGCACUUGAUGUGGUCGGAAGUACGAAUAGAUGUAUAAUCAAGUUGCUCAACGCUACUGCUUGAGCGUGCCCUGCGGAGAUGUCGCACGGUCUGGUGGUCAAAUCAGCGUUGCCUUCUCACGCCUUUGAACACCCUGUCGAACAGCUUCCGCCGCUCCUGAUUGCUCCGGGGUGGGCUGCCCCUCCGGUAAGCGAAAUGAAUCGACGUCAAACAAAGGGGUUGCGCAUGAAGUGUUUUAAGACGCUCCUCUUGCCUGAUGUGACGGCACCACGUGAAAUCUUCUAGGUAGUGAGAUUGUUUUCGAUUUACCCGCAUGUUUGGAGCAAUCCUGAUAUAUUCUUUAAGUCGAGUUGAGCUGCUUUCUCGCGAAGCAGCUAGUCGCUGGAAAAUGCAAACUCUGCUUUUCAGCUUAUGACAAAUUGAAGGGUGAUGGUAUGCUGCGACGCGUUUCACAUUGUCGUACAACUUUGUAUUAACCUCCGUGUGCAAACGUAAUAGACCCUGCUCCCUACGGAUCUGACCCCCGUUUUUUGCAUCAGCUAGCAAAGAUGUCGUUGUUUUUAGUUGAGGAUGUUCUUUAGGCAUACGAGUACAACUUAACUAGAAUGAGCGGUAACUGUUUCGUCUGGUGAUGCCCAAUCGUGGUUCGAAAAAUAUGGGAGGUGAUAGGAUGCGGCGUCGAGUGCGAAAUUGCUAUUUUUACCUACCUCAGUGUACAAUGCGCGCAGGUCGCAGACUUUCAGAAAAUAAUGAGUGUUACUUCUUGGCGCUCUUCACUUUUUUCUUGUGUUCAUUUAGUCUCGAACAAAGACCUUUAUAAUCACUGGCGUCGAAGCCGUUCCGCGACAGUUGAAGAGAGCGGCAACAACCGUGCACUUUUCUGUGGAGUCACAUAGCAAGGUUUUUUUUUUCUUUUUUUUUAGGACGAGGCACACGACACGAGAAAUCAUUCCGUGAUGUGUCACGCGCACACGCACACGCACGCAAAUGGUUGUAAUUUCAUUCACCCGGAAGCUGAUCGAUCCGCGUGAAUUUGUCACGCGGGCGAGCAAGGUGUCGGACAAAUGUUUGUAUGGUGACUUCGUGUUUGUAAUGGGGCCAGUUUGAUAGAGGCUUGACCCUUCGGGCUGCUUGUUUACAGAAAGCAUGGACCAAUGAGUAAUUUUUCAACUUUUCAAAUCGAGGUAUUCCUCCCACAUAUCGUCUCACGUCGCUUGGCACCUCGCAUUCUCUUGAAAUGGUGACCGGUAACGCUAUUAGCUGGGCAAGAGUUCGACGUGAAAAAAUCGCUUUUGACAGCCGUGAAAAGGAAACGUGCAGUCGGGACCAAGUAGGAGUUGGCAGUAAGCACGAGCCCAGUUCAUGCUUCUAUUUCGUGAGUGCCCUGAACGCGCGUGUCUGUCCGCGGCUGAAGCACAACUCGCGAAGAGAUUGCGACGCAUGUUAGCCUUGUUGCACGGCAGCUCGGUGGAACCUAGCCCUGACUAGUCCAUUAAUGCGAGCAACCAUAAGUUAAAUGAUUCUCACUAGCAAAUAUGAUAAAUAUUGGGGCUAGCGCGAGCUCAUGUUUUUGUGUCUACCGUCAGAGUUUUCGUGUGUAACGUCAGUGUCUAACGUCUGUGCGGAGUAAGCUAUGUGCCACCAGUAACGGGCACAUUGUCUCUGGGCGAUUGUCUCCGGUAUCCGCACUAUAGUAGGGAGUAAAACGCACACACAAAAUGGCUGGAGAUAUGUACCACUGGUAAAGAACGGCCUGUAGAGAGAAGCUUGCUAUUUGUGAGAACAAAGAGAAAUUUCUUUCAUCUUAAAGUACGCUGUUGUGUCGGUGUGUUGGUAAGCGUAUUUAGGAGGCAUCUUAUAGCGUCAGUACAUCAGAUCAAGAGUCAGGCGUUGACACAUCGGAGCCCCUACUUUCGAAUUACUACGCACUCGCUCUGGUGGGUGGCUGGAAGAGUCUUCGGGAAACAAUUGACUUCGAUUUUCUCUCCAUAUGUCGCAGUGAUGCAUUACUGCGUGGACAGAGGGAGCUGACAAUUGACAGAGGGGUUCUCACUCAUAUAGGUGCAUCGCUUUCCCUCUGGUAUUUUAAACGUUAAUGUCAUUUUGUUCCCUGGAAAAGCAUGAUUGACAUACACCCGUCGUUUAGCUGCUUCACUAUCAUACCGUACGUGUGUUAAAACUCCCCAGCUUCUCACGUUAUAAUUCUGCCAGGUUUGUGUAUCCUUAAAACGAAAAUAACGAUGCCAUUCACCGCUCCAGAUCACAACUUGAUGUGUGUCUGCACAAUCUGCUUCAAACUGUUCCGCCGGAAUCGUUCCUCAGAGUAUCUGCGAUGCGGAAGUCAUUGUUCAGCACGUAGUGCCCUAUACGAUCACCCGCUUUCCCCGAGUCAAAGGUUAAUGGCAAGCGCGCUCAGGCGACUGGGUGUACUGUGCGUAUCCGACCAGUGAUUGUGUGAUUGUCUCACUUCUCUGGGCUAUAUGGAAUCGCCGUAGUCCGACGUUCUCUGUUUUUUUUUUUUUCUUUCUUUAAUAAACAAUAUGAACACAAAA